CUCAGUCAGAGACAAACCUUUACGACGCGUGCUCUUCUCUUAUUCUCUUCUCCUUACUCUUAAUUGAAAGUAAACAAAAACUUAAAAUGGAACGUUGGUUGAAUCGUGUUGCCGUUGUGACAGGAGCCAGUUCUGGUAUUGGAGCAGCCUGUUGCAAGGAUCUGGUGGCCAAGGGAAUGAUUGUUGUGGGUCUUGCUAGGCGUGAGGAGCGUCUACAAGAGCUAAAGGCCUCUCUGCCAGCUGAUCAGGCUAAACGUUUCAUUGGCCACAAGUGUGACGUCAGCGAUGAGAAGCACGUGAUUGAGACCUUUGCAUGGGUGGAUAAGAAUCUUGGUGGGGCUGAUGUCCUGAUAAACAAUGCCGGCAUUAUCAGCGAAACUCUUAUAACAAGCCCAAAUAACUCAGUUGAUCUUCGAGCCAUUUUGGAUACCAAUGUUCUUGGAGUAUCCUGGUGUACCCGUGAGGCAUUUCUCUCACAGCAGCGUAGAAAGGUAAACGAUGGACAUGUGGUCAUCAUUAACAGUAUCCUCGGACAUGGAGUGCCAUUUGUGGAGGGGUUUAAUUUCAACUUGUAUGGGCCAUCGAAAUAUGCACUCACCGCCAUGACUGAAGUCCUUCGCCAAGAAUUCCAAAAUAAGGGAACUCAAACGAAAAUCACAAGUGUGAGUCCUGGAGCAGUUGAUACUGAGAUUAUACCCGAAAAUGUCAAGAAAGCCGUCACCGUUUUUCCCAAAUUGCGCUCCGAAGACGUGGCCGAUGCAGUAACCUAUUGCAUUCAGACACCUCCAAAUGUUCAAAUCCAUGAAUUGACAAUCAAGCCUAUUGGCGAAAAGUUUUGAACUAAAGACUUUUUGACUGAAAAUAAAACUCAAAUGUUUCUCUAACUGA